AUGGAUGUACCAUUUGAAAAUGGUUUAAACAACCCUAAAGCAAUAUCUAAUACUCAGUUACUACAAUUUGAUCAACUACCACUGGAAAUAUUAAAUAACAUAAUUUAUUGGCUUUCAAAUGGUCAAAUUUCAUUAGAUUCAAAUUCAUCUAGGUUUCCAGAACAUACAUAUAUUAUAAAUCGAGAGAGAUGUGGAGAUUGUUAUCAAAAUUUGUUAUCAUUAUCUUCAGUAAAUAGUAAUUUGAGACAGUAUUUAAGUGGUGUUUUAUUUCAAAAUAUUAGCAUAAUUCGUAAAAAUCAAAUUGAUUCAUUAUUAUGCAGCCCUAAAACUCAAGAAUUGUUUAGUGAUAAAAUGACAUACCAUAGAGAGUUUUUUUCGGAAUUAAUAAAUAAGAAUAUUGAAAGUUGUAAUAAUAGCGAACUAGCGAAAUCUGGGUUUAAAAAUCAUUAUAUUGGCGAUCAUAGGUUUAAGAGUAGGUAUCAAGAAGUUUUAUGUUUAUGUAACUAUGUGAAGUAUUUGGAGUGUGAUAAUUCCAUGCUAUCUAAUGAAGACUUAAAAAUGUUUCCGAGCUUGAACGAGUUGAAGAUACUAGAUGAAGCUAUUGUUACUACUAUACCAUUACAAUUCAAUUUACCCAAACUUUCAUAUCUUGCAGUUCAUAUUCAAACUUUACAAUUAACACCAAUGUUAUUACAUACAUUACCAAGCUUAAAACGACUAGAUUUAUUUGUUUGCUAUGGAGAUAUUCCAACUAAACAAGGUCUUGAUGUACUAAUUGACUUCAUAAACUCAAAUCAAAUUGAAUUGGAGGAAUUUGUUUUGUUUUUAGAUAAUGCUUUCACGAUUGCUUAUACCGAAACAAUACGGUUAUUGGAACUGAUUGUCACCCUAAAUUUGAAGAAAUUGACGAUAAGAGUCAACAGAAGGAAACUUUCACCAACUCAUUAUGAUAAUGAUCAUGCACUUUUUCCUGGUUAUGCCGGUGACGAACUAUUAAAAGUUUUCCUGCAACCAAUAGACAUCUUACUUGAUGUGUCUAUUUUAGAAUUUAUAAAAUUCCAUCCUGAUACUAUAAAUAAUUCAGAAUAUUUCGACUCAACUAUAUCAAAAACAUUAACGAUAGUAGAUCGUACAGUUACUGGUCCACAAAUGUCUUUCAAUCUUCGAGAAACCUUGGGAGUAAUAGUAAGAUUAUCUGGAAUAAAUCAAUUAUCUUUCCAAUAUGGUGAGACAUUAGAAGAAAGUCAUUUGCAUGUCUUAAAAAUUGUUACAGAUUUUGUUCAAUGGAUGGUCAAUCCUAUACUAAAUAAAAAUGUAGGAUAUUUUGGAUUACAUAAAAUAUUGAUCGAAAAGUGUUGGAGUUAUUCAGAUGAUCUGAUUAUUAGAGAAUAUCUAAUGGAUAUGAUUGAUAAAGAGAAAUACAAGUAUAAAAUCAAUGCAUCUACAAUCUGGACAAAAACAGCUUUCAAUUCACCUAGAUAUAGAAUUAAAGAUUCUUAUGAUAUAAGUUAUGGGAAACUGUCUGGGUAUUCAGUAAUGGAUAAUAACGGCUAUUUUGUUGGAACAUCACAACAAUCGAUUGAUAAAGCUAAUUUUAUAACCUCAAAUGACAAAAAGGAUCAAAGACUUAAAGGUGAUUAUUUUUGGAGUAUUGAAGCUUCUUUAUGUGAUUUUGAACAGUAUUGUACUCAUCAAAGAAAAACUUUACUAUCUCCAUGA